AUGACCAGCCCUGACGAGACGAGGAGCAAAUCCUAUUACGACCUGCACGUCCUCCUGGCGACUGUGCGGAAGGUACAUAAUUUGUUUGAUUUCAACACCCGCGUCGGCACAGAUCAUGCCACCUGGAGAGGAGUGCUCGGUCCUCAUGGUCUCGGGAGCUUCGUUGACAAUGGCCUGACCCUCCUGCGCACCUGCGCAGAGCGCCGCCUCAUCCUGACCAACACUUUCAACCUACCGACGCCAGAGAAGCGAUCUAGAUGCAUCGUCGGUCGCGACGUGGACAUCUGCUGGCCUCCUUCUCAAUCGCCUCAACAGCAAUCGACAACAGAGCCGAUGUGGCCUCCGCCGUCAUCGCGGCACCAUCGGCACGAUCUUCACCGACCGCCAAUUGCAAGCGAAGUGUCAGGAGAUGCUCGCCCACCUCUACUCUACCUUCGUGAAUCUGACGAAGCCUUCGACAGUUUGGAUCGCGAAGGACGGCGGCAAAUCAUGCAGAAAUUCGGCUGUCCCGAACGAUUCACUCAGAUUGUUCGCCAGUUCCACGAUGGCAUGAUGGCGCGAGUCACGGACAAUGGAGCUGUCUCAGAUGCCUUCGCGGUGACCAACGGAGUGGAGCAGGACUGCGUCCACGCGCCUACCCUCUUCAGUCUCAUGUUCUCUGCCAUGCUGAUGGACGCUUAUCAUGACAAACCACGGGCGAUCCGCAUCGCCUACAGGACGGACGGUCACCUCCUCAGUCAGCGAAGGAUGCGCUUCCGUUCGCGUGUAUCCAUAACUUCCGUUCAUGGACUUCUCUUCAUCGACGACUACGCCCUUAACACAACGUCGCAAGAAGACAUGCAAAUGAUCACGAAGCUCUUUUCCGCCGACUGCGACAACUUUGACACGGUCAUCAUCACGGAGAAGACGGUGGUUAUAUACCACCUGCCACCCAAAACUGCUUAA